AUGACGUCCAUACCAUCAUCCUUGGACGCAGGCGCAGGGCUUCCAGGGUUCUUGAUCGGCAUCAUCCUAAUGAGUAUUGGCCUGGGGGCCGAUCAGUACACCAGUUGGGAGGAAAAGAUCUUGGUCAAGCCCAACGGCAAGCGUGUCAUAAUUGAUCGGGACCUUAGUAUGGAUAAAAUAUAUCACGCAUACUAUUGGGCUGUAAAUACUGGGGCGUUGUCUGCACUUGCCACAACUUACAUUGAGAAAGAUGUCGGAUUCUGGGCGGCAUAUCUGCUUGCUUAUUGCGCCCUUUGCUUAUCGUUGCUCGCACUAGUCCUCUGUCGAAAUAAGAUUGCGACCCCCGGUGGGAAUAUCUUGCCCACAGCUUUUCGAAUCAUGUUGUGUGCAGCGAAGAACGGCUUCAACAUGGACACUGCACGGCGGCAAGGUCAAACGCAUGCAGUCGACUGGGACGACAAGUUUGUGAUGGACCUGCAGCGCGGCCUCAUAGCAUGUCGUAUCUUUGCAUUCUACCCUAUCCUGUGGGUCUGUCAUCUACAGAUAAAUAAUAACCUCAUCUCCCAAGCGGCUCAAAUGGAAACUCACGGUCUCCCGAACGACUUUUUUCCAACAUUGAAUCCAAUCGCCGUGCUCGUCCUACUACCGCUAGUCACCAACGUGCUCUAUCCCACUUUGCGCAAGCUGCAUAUUAAGUUUCCGCCAGUCAACCGUAUGGCAGUUGGCUUCCUUAUAGAAGCUAUCGCAAUCGCCUAUUGCGCCGGUAUCCAGCAGGUCAUUUAUACAAGAGGGCCAUGUUUUGAACACGCGUUAGAGUGUCCUGCGUCAGACGGGGGCAGAAUUCCGAACCGAGUCAGUGUUUGGCUUCAAAUACCGGUCUACGUCCUAGACGGUUUAGCAGAAGUAUUCUUCGACGUUGUGAGCCAAGAAUAUGCGUACAACAAAGCCCCGGACAAUGUCAGAAGCCCUGCUCCUUUUCGAUCCAAAACAUUUGCUGACACUUAUUGCUCUCGUUAA